AUGUUCGCACUGAAAACCGUCCUCUUUGUGCAGAAUGAGUCAAGGCCUGGCGUCGAGAAUGUGGAGAAGAUUGUUGCGGUUGAGGGAUUGGAUGGAAUCCUUAUUGGACCCUUGGACCUCUCAAAGCAAAUGGGCGUUGAACGAGGUGGAGAAGAGGACGAAGCUGCGAUCCAGCGUGUCUUAACGGCUGCUAAUUUUAUGGCCCUCAUCGUUGGCUCGGCCUUCUACGGAUCACCCGAUACAACCGCAGGGUUCGCUUCAAAAGGCGGAUUGCUGUUCUUUGCAGGGCUACUCAACACUUUCACCGCGAUGAGCAAGAUUAACAACCUCUAUUCUCAAAGUCUCAUUGUCGUGAAGCAGGCAUCCUACACUUUUUAUCAUCCCUCAACAGAAGCCAUUGCUGGAGUAAUCGGCGAUAUUCUUGUAAAAUUCGUUGUCGCGGUGGUCUUUAACACCAUCAUGUAUUUCAUGGGGUAUCUCCGUAGGGAGGCGUCACAGUUUUUCAUCUACUUCCUCAUCACAUUUGUGAUCAUGAUCGUGAUGAGCGCCGUCUUCAGGACAAUGGCAGCAGUCACGAAGACUAUAUCUCAGGCUAUAGGACUAGCUGAAGUCCUCAUCGUCGCCCUCAUCGUCGGAUGCGGAUCUGGUAUCGGAGGGUGGGUUGAAGCUGUUUGA